GGCUCCGGCGCCCGCGCCCAUUGGCCACCGACGCUGCUCAUAAGGCGGCGGCGGACGGCAGUGCGGCCUCUCCGCGGUUCCGGCAUGGUGGCUGCGCGGCGUCCGCGACGCGCGAGGGGCCGGGCCAGGAGGAGGAGAGCGGCGGACGGCGGCUCCAGCUCGACGCCUCCCCGGGCGGAAGCGCGCCCUCCCUGGCGCUGAGCCCCCCCUUCCUCUGGCGAGGGAGCAGCUGCCAGCCAGGAGGGCCGAGGCGCCUUUGCAGCCGCUCGCCAUGUCCAUGGACCACAGCCCCACCACGGGGGUGGUGACGGUCAUCGUCAUCCUCAUCGCCAUCGCAGCCCUGGGCGCCCUGAUUCUGGGCUGCUGGUGCUACCUGCGCCUCCAGCGGAUCAGCCAGUCAGAGGACGAGGAGAGCAUCGUGGGUGAAGGCGAAACCAAGGAGCCCUUCCUCCUGGUCCAGUAUUCUGCACGGGGACCUUGCACAGAGAGUAAGGCCAAGCUGAGUCCCGGUGGUCCCAAGGCACACGGCUAACGGGAUUUCCACAGGCUGCAAAUCCCACGGUACUGUGAAGGAGCACGCAGGGCUGCACCCACCACUGUGCCGAACGCUUGGCUACUCGCAGCCACACAUGCGCGAGGAAGACGACCCUCCUUGCUCCAGGACAUGCACAAGGCCGGCAAUGCACAGGUGGGGACGCGGCGUGAGUCCCACUUGACCUGCUACUUAAAUUGCCCACUGAGCCCUGACAGAAUGUGAGCAGCUGCGGAGUGCGUGAGGAAGCUGGUGUCGCCUUUCCAGGAACUGGGAAGAAGCGACACGCUGGGCGUGAGUCAUGCUUAGAUUUAGGCAAUGCUGCAUGACCCCUACAGGGAUUUCUCCAAAACCAACGGGGGGGGGGGAUGUUGGACUUGUGUCUUGUGUUCUAGCACAGAGGAUCAAUGCUUGUAUUGGCAGCUGCGGCUGCAAAGCUUUCGUUCGUGUGCUUUAAAAGGGGCCCAAACGUGCAGACGGGACCUACUUCCACGAGGACCUGCUAAUGCUGCCUGGGAAUGAUGGGAAUUAUAAUCAAAUGAUGGGAGCCUACUCUCCCUGAGGUGAAGGUGGUGUUCUUGGGGGAACAGCCGCCCCCGUAGCCAGUGAUGACCGCUUUCCUUUUGGGGUGCAGUCAGAGGGCUGCUGGGAGGCUGGUACUGGAGUGUUUGCAGCAAUAGGGUAGAAAGGCCUUUGUGUAACUAGCCCCUCCCUUGCCUGUGGAUGCACUGAGUUCUACUCUCUGUUGGGGGGGGGGAGCUUAGCACUUGUCCCCAAUGAGUGUAUUUUUGUAGCUAAACCCAUCCUCUUCAAGGGAGUUCUGGGAAUACCCAGCCAAGCACCCUGGGGAGAGCACUUCCCUCCUCCCAGCAUCUUCAACCUUUCGCUCAUUUCCACUUGUGCUUUUAUGGCCAAAGGGAGACCCUGGUGCUUUACAGAACAAGGACCCCCUUCUUUUCUCUCUUUGGCCUAAGCAACGCACUGCAAGGGGAAGAAACUUCGAAUGCCCCACUUCAGCCCCUCUGACCAGCUGCCAAAAUGAGUAAAUAAAAAAGUUGGAGAGACCCCCCGGGGGGGGAUCUUGCACAGCCUUUGCCUGUAGCUCCCCCUUUGUUCAUGGCCAGCAUUUUGGUGACCCCAUCCUGUUACCCCCAGCUGCCUAAGUAUUGCUUGCCACUGACAGCCUCUUACCAACCCCCCCCCCACCUAUUUCAUUCUCCCAGAGCAAGUCAGAGGCCUCCUCAGCCAGAACAGGCAGAGCAGCUGUGCCAGGCACAGAGAAGGGGGACACGUGGGAUGGAAGCCCUUGAUCUCCCCACUCCUUAACUGUGUAAUUAACACUCCUGGAAAUUCUCUAAACAGAAAUCCUGAAGGUAACCAGCUUGAACAUUUUGUGUAAAUCUGACACCAAUUUUGAGCCGAAGAAGGAAAAAUCACUUAUGGAGUAAUCUUGCCUUGUUUGUGGGUGGGAAAAGAGAAGCCCUAGGUGGCCACCCUCCAAAUUGUUUAAUUUAGGUUAAAUUGAUACAAAAGCUAACAAAUUAGUGCAAUUUUAAAGUGCAAAGAACAAUCCCUGCAAUUUGACAAUUUCGCAGACCCCAAGACCUGUCACUCUGGGUCCACGUCUCAUUAAAAAAAUACUCUCAUUUUUCUAGUCCAGCAAAAGAAGGGAGGCUUUCAAUAAAGUUUGCAUAAAGGUC